AAUGCGAAAACAGUAGACAGAGGCAAGGAGUAACGGAAGUUAGUCAAGUAUCAACAACCUGAAAUGCAACUUCAGCGAAACUUCCCAGCGGUCUGAAACACACAUUUUUAUAAAGCUCGUGUACAAAGUUUGUUCGCUUUAGGAGUUAUCGGUGCAUUAUGGAUGAAGUUAUUUACAAUGCGCCGUGCGAGCGGCGUGUUUUUGUCUUCAGUGUCGGUGGCUAGUUGAACUGUUUGCAGAAGCUAAGUUGGCUAACUUUUAUCUGUCAGCUGACUCGUUAUGACUGCAAACCUUCUUCUAAUAUGCUCCGACAUUUCUCCGCGCUCAGCUUAAACACGCUUGUUGAUGUAGCCACGUUGUGUGUUAAUUGGCAUUGACUCGUCCAGGUGUUUUAUUUAUAGCGCUGAUAAGGUGAAUAUAGAUCUAGGCUCCCAAUGUUCCCGCAGUUGCUUCUUCCUGUCGACUAGCUGCCUCCUCGUCUCUGCUCUUAUCUGCUUCGUCACCCUCUGAUGGCUCACUGCGUCCCAUCCGGACCAACCUCCAAGGUCCAGGCUCCAGGAAGUAUCCCGCCGUCCCAGGUCAGCGUGGACCAGAGCAUGAGGCCGGUGCUGUUUGAGAUCUUCGGCGAAAUCUGGACCGUUCAGUCCCGGCUCGGUCAGGGAGUCUCGGCCUCGGUUUACCAAGUCAGCUCCGGCAGAGCCGCCACCGCCGCCGUCAAGGAGUUCCAGGCCGACUCCCAGGGAGGGGACUACGGCUAUCACAAAGAGAGGACCGUGCUGGAGGACAUCCAGGGACAUAAGAACAUUGUCACGCUGUAUGGUGUGUUCACCAACCACAACUGUGUGGGAGUCGCUACCCGCUGCCUUCUGCUGGAGCUCCUGGAUGUCAGCGUGUCUGAUCUGUUGGUGACACGCAGUAGUGGAGUCAAGGGCGGGAGACCCCAGAAGGGCCACUCCAUGUGGCUCGUGCAGCACUGUGCCAGAGACAUCCUGGAGGCUCUCUCCUUCCUUCACAGGGAGGGCUACGUUCACGCUGACCUCAAACCACGCAACAUCCUCUGGAGCGCCGACGACGAGUGCUUUAAGCUAAUCGACUUUGGCCUGAGCUUCAAACAGGGAAAUCAGGAUGUAAAGUACAUCCAAACCGAUGGAUAUCGUGCCCCGGAAGCUGAACUCCAGAACAGUCUGGCCCAGGCUGGGAUGGAGGGAGACUCUGGCUGCACAGCUGCCAUCGACCUCUGGAGCCUAGGUGUUAUCCUGCUGGAGAUGUUCUCAGGAAUCAAACUGAAAGACACUGUCCGCUCGCAGGAGUGGAAGGACAACAGUGUUGCCAUCGUCAACCACAUCUUUGCAAGUAACGGCAUGAUGUGUCCUGCCAUCCCAGCUUAUCACCUCAGAGACCUUAUUAAAAGCAUGCUUCUAAACAAUCCAAAACAAAGAUGCACAGCUGAAGCUGCCCUGCUGAGCCCGUUCUUCAGUAUUCCCUUCGCGCCUCACAUUGAGGAUCUGGUUCUGCUGCCUUCACCUGUACUGCGUCUGCUCAACUUGAUCGAUGACAGCCACCUGCACAAUGAGGAAGAGUACGAAGACAUACUGGAGGACAUGAAAGAGGAGUGCCAGAAGUACGGCUCAGUGGUUUCUCUGCUCCUUCCUAAGGAGAACCCUGGGAAAGGGCAGGUGUUUGUGGAGUUCGCGAACUCCAGCGACUCCAAAGAAGCCCAGCGGCUGCUGACGGGCCGCACCUUUGAUGGGAGGUUUGUCGUGGCCACCUUCUACCCGCUGAGCGCCUACAAAAGAGGUUACCUCUACCAGACGGUGCAGUAAAGAUUAGUCUGCAUCUCUACAUCAGUCUCAUUUAAAGAAAACUAGGGAUGCACGGUAUUGUGUUUUGGUCGAUUUCCGGUGUAGGAAUAUUUUUAACACCUGGAAGCUGAUGUAGACAUUAGAUCACAAAGCCUCUUCUAUUGUGAAUUGUAAUAUUGAUUCUACUCUAACUGAGAUGACUUAAAGCUGGAGCCACUCUGAUGACAUAUUUACAUUUUUAGGAUGAAUUUAUUGUCAUCUUUAUGCAGCAUUUGGAGGUAGAAAUGAAGGCUUUAUUCCAGUUUAACCCACUGCUGCAAUGCUUACAGGCUUAAUCUGCAUGUUGUGGCUAUUGCUGAAGUUUCACUAAAGCAUAAAAGGCAUUUAAAACUGACAUGCUUAUUAUAUUGUGUCUCUUAUAAGAGCAGUUCUGCAAAGUGUAAUCAAUGGAAGAGUUGUCAUUCUAAAAUACAGCGGCUAUGAGAAACUGCAUUGUAGUUUAAUUCAGUUUUGAAGUGAAUGUAGCUGCUCAAUAAUCUGUUUCCUUGCAGAGCAGAAGCUGAAAGUGGCUGUCUCCGUUGUAUGCAGACAUCCACUUAGAGCUUCACUGUGAAUACAUCUGGCUCAUUUAUUGAUCCCAGUGUGCUGCAGGACAACCUGAACUACAUCGUCUAUGAAUAGUGCAUUAUGAAUUACUAAUGCAAAAGCUAAUUUAAAGCUGUCUGUGAGGGAUGUACUUUGUUCCAUGCAUCAUGUGAUUUAGAUGUUUGAGACUAUAUCUCCAAUGAGAAGAUUAUGCUGAGUCUCUAAAGAUUUACUGCAGGGAAAGCUAGUGUGUGGUUCUGUUUUUAAAGCAGUUUUUACUAUCUGUUUAUUUUGGCUGUUAGGUAUUUUGGGGUACAGGCGUGGUACCAAGGGACAUACUCCCCCCGUCUGGCUAGCACCGAAACACCACAGGAACACAUUUCCUAUGCUGUGUGUGAAAGGAUGGCAUUUGAUUUCUCUAUUUUCCUGUUCUGGAUCCUCCCGUCCUUCCAUUUAGUUUCUGUCCUAUCGUCAGUCCUUCCAUCCUACCUUCCUUUUGUCUCUUCUUCCUUGUCAUUCCCUUUCUCCAAACUUCCUUCCUUGUGUCUUCCAUCCCACCAUCUUUUUUUUUUUUCCUUGCUUUCCCCUUUUGUCCCUAUACUGAUCUUCCUUCUUUUGGUUCUUCCUUCUUUCCUUCUGUGUCUCCUUUCCUGGUUCAGGUCAUCCUUCCUCCAUUACUUUCUUUUUCAUUUCUUCUUUGUUUACUUGUUUGUGUCCUUAUUUUCCUCAUUUUAUCCUGCCUUCUGUUCUUCCGUCUUCUUAGCCUCUGGGUAUAUCAGGAACAAUAUUGAAAGCCUGCCCACUUUAGAAAUAUCCAUCCAUUUUCUAUAUCUGCUUAUUGCAGAUGGUAGUGGCGGAGAGGCGGGUUUGUUCUGUAGAAAAAUCUGCCAUAAUUGCAUUGUGAAACUUUGAAUGAAAAUAAAAAAAUGGGCGGAAAGAACAAUCUAUGUAUUGUUUACACAAAGAGUGUGUAGGAACCCUGUGAAACCUAGGUUUAGAUAUUAACAAUUUGUUCUAGUCCAGAAACUGUUCCGUCCAAGUUUAGUUCCUCCAGAAGUAGAAAAUGUCUUCUAACUUCAGCCAGGAUUGCUUUCAGCCAAAGCGCCGCUCCAUAAAUCUGAUGCAGAUUUAAAGUGAACACCGUCAGCCAUCACUCAACUACAGUGAGUUUUUGUUGUUGGCACCACUUUUCUGUUCUACACAUUGCACUUUUAAAGGUUGCACAGGUCCGGUUGGAGGUUCUGCAGUAGCUGCAUACUGUUUAACCCAGCAUUGUAGCAUUACUGUGGUGAUGUCUGUGUUUGGAUAGAAGCUGCUAGUUUUAGGAGAGGGCAUUGUGUUUGAAAUCCUGCAGAAUGUUCUGUUUUCUUGAGGUUGGCAAAUAGAACGUUUUGCUCCUGUUAUGCAUUUUCCAUCCUGACUGCUUCAAGGCAGAUUACUCUGGAUGACAAAAGCUGGAUAUUUCUGCAGCGUUCUGGACUUAGUGUUGUAGAACAAGCAGUUCCUAAGCUCUCCUGUUGUGCACACCAGACUCGUCUGUCAUCCUGAAAGUCAAGAGUUCUCUAAGUGUCGAACGACAUUUAAAAUGCUGCUGUAACAACAGAUAACAUGUAGCAUCUGAGAUAAAAAUGACCAAUUCUAGUGAAUCAGUUGGAUUAAAGACCAAGAAAUAAUCCCCAAAAUGAUGCUAUGCAGCUUUGGCCACUCUUGUGUUUCCUUCAGCAGACACUAUAUAUUUUAUCUAGUUAUAAGCCUUAGCACUACAAAACAAUAAUAGUUAGUUUCGGCCUUUUUAUAAAACAUCACUCCUAGCAUGCUAGUAAAGGCUUGUGGUUGGUAUGGAUUUACAUUUAUGAACCAGAUCUGAAUCCAGUAAAUAUGUCAUUAAACUCGCCAUCUGAAGCCAGCGUUGGACGACUUUUUCAUGGGUUUUUGCUAAAACUAGGCUUAAUGUUGAAUUGUUGGUUAGGCCUAACUGUUAAAUCUAAACUGGUGGUUAGUAGAGCUAACAAGUAGUGACUGUUAACUCAGUUUAGAACAAAUGCUACAUAAGGUUAACAGAUGAGCAGAGACAUUUGUUCCGUUUGGAGGUUUUAACAUGAAUCACUCCAAGUGCCUCUUCAAAAUGUUGACAGGCUUGAGGAAAAAGACGCGUAUUUUGAACUUGGUAAAAACGACAGGUUCUUUGCUUGUUGUGUUGCUCCUUUGUUCGACGUUACCUGCUAAGUAAGGUUUGAUUGUUCCUACGAUGAGUCAGAACGUUCUAUAUGGGUUUGGGAGAAAAUGCUUCCAAAAGUGUGGCGUUGCUUGCAUCAGCAGUGAUUUUUGAGAGAAGAAGUCUUUAAUGAUUUGGUAUCAGAAGCACAAAAUGUAAAAGAGCGAGAACAUAUUAGAAUCAACCUUUUUUAAGGAGCUUAGGUGCGUCCUAAAGUAAAUGGAUGUCCAACAAAAGAUCUUGAAACACAGUUAAUGGAAAAAUUGUGAUUCAGUGUCUAGAAGGUUCUCAUAAUAUAGGAGUGUAUUUUUCUAUAAAUUUUAUAUGUAUGUGCCUGAAAAGCUAAUUCCUGUUUCCUAACAGAGCGGUCUUUGGACUAAAUAUAUUUAUGCGUAACUUGAAAUAGACCUUAUUGAAUUUACUGAGCAGCAGGUUGUACCAGCCUGAAAACCACAACCUCAUCUAACAUUUUCUUUCAUUACAUGCCUUGUACUUCGUCACAACCUUGAAACACGGAGCUACUUACAACGCUGUAGUCUUCUGUUUAAAUCAUUUCAAGUUUAUUGUUGUACUUUCACUUAGGAUUAGUUAUAAAGCUUCAGAAAAUGAUACAGUAAUGUUUGCUGUUUUCAGUAGAAAUAGUUUCAUAUCAACUAUGACCCUGGGCAUAGUCUUCCUACCAUGGGUGGUCAUUCGUUGUAUUAAAAACACAGGUGACGUAAAACCAGUACAGCGGCCAUUUUGAACCUUCUGUAGUAUCUUAUAUUAUCUUCUGGCUAGCACUACAAAACAUUUUGGUUGUAUUCUCUAGAGAAUUUUUACCUUACCUCUGAAAUGUCCAAAAUGCUUCCAACUUUCCCCAAUCCAGCAUGUUUCAUAGCAGACAGAGAUUUAAAGCAUUUGACCGUCCCGGUAUUGAAAGUCUUGCUCUCUAGAGCUCUUGCAGCCUGAAUGAGCAGUAUUGACAGAUUAUAUUUUAACUAGCUUCCUACAUCUCAACACCUCGCCUACAAUUAGCAGUCUUCUUUACUCUGGAACAGCAUCCCCACAGAAGAGUGGUGCUGUCAGCUUGACGCUGACAAAAAAUAAUCUGUGGUCGUUCAUAGGAAAAGCAGACUGCUAUAGUGGGAUGUGAAGAACAUAAAAACACAGACGAUGCAAAUAGGAUAAAACAGGAAUGCUGCAGAGCCCUGGCAUGUGAAAGGGAUCGGAUGUGCAUUUCAGCUUUAGGUUAUACCACCAAGCUCUUCAACAUGGUCCCGUUACAAAAUGCAAAUUAUUUCAUUGAUCAAAUAAAAAGAAUAUUUUAUUUGCGGUGGUUCUAAUGAAUUAAAUAUCUAUCAGUGGAUACAUAUCAUGGCAGUAUCAACAGCUAAUGUUUUGCUUUUAUCUGUUUUAAAAUACUGAAGCAUUUUUUUAUUUCUAACAUUUAUAUAAUAAAUAUGCUUUACUGUUAUUAUAUUUGUUUGAUUGUUAGAUUUCUGAAGAAGAUUUCUGGGCCCUUCGCCUGUUGAUUCAUGAUCCCCAGAGGGGUCCAGACUGUGCUACUGAGUAAGUUUCAGUGUCUGCUCGAACAGUUCAGGUGCUUGUAGGAUCUGUACUGAUUCAGGGAUAUGUUUGUCUUGCUAGCAGGUGACGGGGUUCAGCAAAGCAUCAAAUGGCCGUUGUUUGACAAGUAAACUCUGGUUUUAAGAAAUAAUGAACUAAAAAUCCCUGAAAACAUUUAAAAAGAUCAUUUGGUUAGCUGACUAUAAACACUGCCAAAGUGAACACUGUAGGUUGUUUACACGGAGGGGCAACAAAUGAUGUUGAAAUUUGGAGAAAUUAUUCUUCCAUUCAAGACAAGGUUCUUUCAGUGUUUCAGUUUGCUUUAGGGUGGAGAUGCAGAUAGGUUUUCUUACUUCCUGAUGGAAGAUACUCAUCAGCUUUUCUGUUAGUUGAAAGAGCAAACACAAGAUCUUAUCUACAACAGGAAAUAUCCAACCUUUAUAUCAACUUUGAGUCCUUACUUUGGAUAAAGAUCCUGGAGGUGGUGGAAGGUUUGCAGAUCUGUUGUCAAGAAUUACUUAAAGAGAUGUCUGGACACACAGCUGUUUUGUAAAUUUACAUAUAUUUGGUUUUGUGGAGCAUUUAAGAAAUUGCUCGUGCUGCCUACUUUACUGGUUUGCAGUUUUAAAAGUGUCGAUUAAUGUCCCACACCACAGGCUUUGGAUGUGCUCACAUCUUUAAAGUAAUGAGCCGGUUUGCACACAAACAUUAAGCCACUGCAAUUCAGAGGCAAGGAAGAGAAGCAAAGGGAUAAAAUCACUCAAAAAACCAAACUAAUCCUUAAUGUGAAGCUAAUUUUUACAGGUAGUGUGUGGGUACUAGGGACAUCUAGUGGCUUAAAUUGUAUAUUGCAACAAAUGCUGAUUGCUUUCCACAUCAACCCACUUCUUGGGUGUGUAGGAAAGUUGUUGUGGUUGCAAAACCGCAAAAGGUUGUAAGGUUGUUCCUACUUGGGCUUCUGUAAAUAUGACAGUCCACCCAUUAUGCAUUAACAACACUACAGUAAUGAUUAUUAUUAGUUUUCUGUUCUGUUUUAGGGAUAAACUCAUGUUUUUGUCUCACCUGAGUGAAGUCCCCCUCCCCCACCCACUUUGUUCAAAUUAAACAAAAUUGGUGUCAAACAUUUGUUCUACGUUUGUUCUGCUUUUGCUUUAAAGUUAUUAAUGAAAGGUUAAAGGACAAAAGGUCAACCAGCCCCCCCACCCCCCACCUUCUUUAAAUCAAACUAAAUUGGCGUCAGAGGUUUAUGCUAAAUGUAGCUCAAUUGAUUGCCAUUGAUUUUGUUUGAUGCGAAAAACUUCACUCAGGUUUGUGUCUCCAGCUGCCAAAAUGACAUUAAGAUAAUCCAUUCAUGCCUUAAAAUGUCUCAGAUUUGAACACAUUUAAUAAGUAGUGGUGUUUCAGUAUGCAAAUCAGCCUUGCUUUCUCUCUUACUAUGCAUGUUUCUUUAACAAUGUUAAAAUCAAGCUUCACAAACACUGGUGUUUCAGGUGAACUCCAGAAGAUAAAAAAAUAUUUCAUGUACAGUCUUCAGCUAUCUCAUCCCUUUGUUUUAUACACAGACAACUGAAAACUCACUGGGUCUUUAGGCGCUAACAUGCAUUGGAUCGUUUAGUUUACCUUUAUAUGGCUAAUGCUGGGUUUGCAGUUUUUGUGUUGUAAAAAAGAUUGCCUUGAACUUUUUCACAUUUUGUACUUUGUUCAGACUUUUUGUGAUAUCUGAGCACAAAGUAGUGCAUAAUUGUGAAGAGGAAGAAAUACUUAGUAGAACCCCCGUUUUAUGCACUCCAGCUGGAAGUCUUUGUGGCUGUGUCUGGAUCACGUUUGCACGCACAGACACAGGAAUUUCUGCUUGUUCUUCUAUACAAGACAGCUCUAGCCCGGCCAGCCUGGAUGGAGAAUGUCUUGCCACAGAUGCUUUAUUGAACUUUUAGGGCUAUAAUUUGCCUUGACCAUUCUAUCGUAGAUACGCUGGUAGAUAUCGUGCUUUUAAACUAGGUGUGGGCAAUCCUGGUCUUUAAGGACCAGUGUCCUGCACGUUUUAGAUGCUUCCCUGAUUAAACAAACCUGAAUCACAGAAAUUGUUUCAUUAGCAGCUUCCUGCAGAAUUGGUGAUAGCUUGAAGACAUAAGCCAGCAGUUUGAUUUGGGUGUUUUGGAGUAGGGACACCAGCCCCAAAGAACCAGGAGUGCCCACCACUGAUCGAAACUAUUUACUGUAGUUGUCCUGUCAGCAGGUUUUUCCACCUGAGCUGGGGAUUUCUGCUGCUCCUCCAGCGUUACUAUUGGCCAUUAACGUACUCGGUUUAGGUGGAUGGCCAUAUCUUGGUAGGUUUGCUGUUAGGCCAUCCUCUUUCUAUGUUCAGAUGAUGGACUGAACACAGCUCUGUGAGACGUAAAAAACUUGGCAUUUUAUUUUGUCACCUAACCCUGCUUUAAACGUCUCUACAAGUUUACCCCCAAGCAGUCGGCUCUGUGGUCUUAAUGAUGCUAAUGUUCCCUGACAAACCUCUGAGGCCUUCUUAGAACAGCUACAUUUAUACUGAGAUUAAAUGACCUACAUGUGAUUAGGUGAUUUUUGAAGAUACUUGUACUAGAUUUCACAUAAAGGUAUCAGAGUAAACGGGGUUGAGUAAGACACACCAAACUUUUAUGAUUUGUAUUUUAGUUGAUCCAUCACAAAAAAUCCAAAUCCUGCAUUAAGUUUGUGCACUGAUGGUGUAUUUACUUUAAAUUGAGUAGCAUUUUUCUAGAGACAGCUCCUCAUCGUAGUGUUGUCGGGGGCAUACCUUUGUCAGCAGAGACAAACAUUAAUUGUGUGUGUGUGGGGGUGUGUUUGGAUAAAAACCUGAAGCUUUGUGUAGCUGCUGAUGUGUAGUAAAGAAUGUUGAAAACCUUUGAUUUCUAAUAUCAAUAUCCAGUCUUAUCUCCUACACACAAUAACUGGAACUAGAUAAGAAUCUUACGCAGACACGCUAAAGUUAAACACACACAGCACUUUUUUAAUUCGUGUCUUUUAAAAUAUCGGCUGGGAACAAUAUUGACGAGCCGGUGGAUUUCAUAUGAUGCAUAUCUGCAAACCGAGAUGAAAAAACAUAGUGUUUGUUUUUUGUCAAACACCAAAGCAGUGAUCCUGUGAAGGCUCUGUUUUGGGGAGCAGAAGAUUUGGUGAAGUUUCUUGUUACUCGUCUUCUUUGAAGGUCAUUUACAAUCUUGAUUUGCACAGCUCUGAAUGACUGUUUCCUGCCUUAAAAUGUCAAUAAUAAACUAAAGAGUCCUGUUCUAAAAUGUACCUGAUUUACCUUGUUUCUGACUAACAUGUUGGAGACGAGGAAAAAGCAGUAAAGCUCUAGCGAUCAACAUAACAGCCAAACAAGCUCUGAGCUGGAUCAAACCAAAAGAUGAAGAAUUAAGGGAGAGAUUGCACAUUAUUGUUACUGAGUGUUGGCAACUCAAAAAUGUCUUUAAAUCAUUUAAGAAAGUCAUGAGACAAUCUGUAGAACAAUUGUUGCCUUUUAUGAUGGAACAGUGAUUGUUUUGAAGAAGACCAGGAAUGGUCUCGGCUCUUUAUCCGGGCUUCGAUUUCCCUGUGAAACAGUUUUUAUUUCAGUUUUUCCAAGAACUCUUCUGAAAUGUCCCAAAGGUGAAAUGAUUAUUUCUUCAUGUUUUGAAACUUAAAAGUGAAGCACAAUAUAUACGUUUAUUGGUGUUUUACAGCCCUCCAUUUGUUUCAACUAUAGCACUCAUGCUGUUUGAGAAGAUCACAAUAAAACUUCUAACUCUGAA